CCCCCUCCCCUCCUCUUUUUCCAAACUAAUAAAUCCUUUUCUUUUCCCUUCUCCCAUUCCUUUUCGCUUCUAGCUACAUCCCACCUGCCAUCCCCCUCUCUCUUUCUCUCUGUACCAAAUCCUUUCCCCCGUUCUUCCCCGCGCUCCUCUCCGAGGCCAGCCGGAGAGUUCGAGGGGUAGGGCAUUGCUUUACUCUCGUCUCCUAGCUCCCGGUUCUUGCUCGCCGUCGGCGAUUGAUGCGAGAAAUCGGUGGCUUCUAGGUUGUCAGUGAUCUUGAAGUUGCCGUGAUCUGCUGUUCUUGCGUGCCCUAGAGAGAUCGUUUGCUCAAGAAAGCUCGGCUCGAGCCCAGGUUUGCAGGCGCUUACCAUGGCAAUGGAAGAUUACGCAUCGUGCAAUGGGCAACGUUUUGGAAGGAUAAUGCGCCAAUGGGCUACUUAUUCAGACCUGGACCCAUUGCUGAAUGAAAAUUUGGAUCAAUGGCCACAUCUAAAUGAGUUAGUACAAUGCUAUAAGGCUGAUUGGGUGAAGGAUGAAACCAAGUAUGGGCACUACGAAACUGUUGCAUCAUCAUCUUUUCAAAGUCAAAUUUUUGAAGGACCUGAUACUGAUAUUGAAACAGAGAUGCACCUUGCUAGUGCAAGGCAUUCUAAGACUGAAGAUGCUAUUAAUGAUGAUAUCCCUAGUACCUCAGGAAGGCACAUACCUGAGACCGGCUCCUACAUUUCAUCUUCCAAAAGUUUAAAUAUGCAUUUUGGUGAGUCUCCAUUGCCGGCAUAUGAGCCAGUAUUUGACUGGGAAAAUGAGAGGUUGCUGAUUUUUGGACAAAGGACUCCAGAAACUCUUCCAACACAACAUAAAAGUGGCCUGAAUAUCACAGUGAAGGUUUUGUCCUUGUCAUUUCAAGCUGGAUUAGUCGAGCCCUUUUAUGGUACAAUUUGCUUGUAUAAUAGAGAGAGGAGGGAAAAAUUGUCAGAAGACUUCUAUUUUCGUGUUCUACCAACAGAACUGCAGGAUGCUAAUGUUUCUUCAGAACAUCGGGGUAUUUUCUCCUUAGAUACUCCAUCUGCAUCAGUUUGCCUCCUCGUUCAGCUGGAGAAACCUGCUACAGAAGAAGGGGGGAUUACUCCAUCUGUUUAUUCUCGCAAAGAACCUGUGCACUUGACUGAGAGGGAAAAACAAAGGCUGCAAGUUUGGUCUCGAAUUAUGCCCUGCAGAGAAUCGUUUGCAUGGGCUAUGAUUCCGCUAUUUGAAAAUAACAAUGUUGCAUCUGCUGGUGGUGCUGCCUCUCCCAGCAGCCCACUCACUCCCAGCAUCUCUGCCUCAAGCUCUCAAGAUAGUGUUGUGGAACCUCUUUCCAAAAUCAAUUUGGAUGGCAAAUUGGCCCAAUAUUCAAGCAGAAGCUCAGUUGUUGUUGAGAUAUCAAACUUAAAUAAGGUCAAAGAAAGCUACACAGAGGAAUCACUUCAGGACCCUAAAAGGAAGAUGCACAAGCCUGUGAAAGGCAUACUGAGAUUGGAGAUUGAAAAGCUUCAUGCUGCCAAUGUUGAUGCUGACAACAUUUCUGAAGGUGGAAGUGUGAUCAAUGACCCAAAUGAUGCGAGUGGUAGGUUUGCUGAAGCUGCUUAUGCAAAAAACCUUGGCAAUGGUCUUGAUGGGCUGCGGAAUGGUAAUCUGAAGUGUAAUCUCGGUGAUCGGAAAGAGUCACACAGGAAUGGUUCAAAUUUGAUAGCAGAAAGUCACCCUGACUAUUGUAAUGAUGAUUUCCAAGCUUUUGAUUUUCGCAUGAUGACCAGGAGUGAGCCAUUUUUACAACUUUUCCAUUGUCUUUACGUGUACCCCUUGACUGUUACUUUGAGCCGCAAAAGAAAUCUGUUCAUAAGGGUCGAAUUGAGAAAGGAUGAUGCUGACAUCCGCAAACAACCAUUAGAGGCUAUUUAUCCAAGGGAUCCAGGUCAAGCACCUCAAAAAUGGGCUCAUACACAAAUUGCUAGUGGUGCUAGAAUGGCCUGCUACCAUGAUGAGAUUAAAAUUUGUCUUCCUGCCCUUUUGGCUCUGCAGCACCAUCUUUUGUUCACUUUUUUCCAUAUUGACCUCCAAACGAAACUUGAAGCUCCAAAGCCUGUAGUUGUUGGAUAUGCUGCACUUCCACUGUCCACCCACAUUCAGCUGCAGUCUGAUUUAUCAUUACCAAUUCUGAGAGAGCUGAUUCCUCAUUAUCUCCAAGACAGUGGCAAGGAGAGGUUGGACUACUUGGAGGAUGGGAAAAAUGUCUUCAGAUUACGUCUAAGGCUAUGCUCUUCUUUGUUUCCAGUCAAUGAACGAAUUAGAGAUUUCUUUCUGGAGUAUGACCGGCAUACCCUUCGUACUAGUCCUCCUUGGGGCUCUGAACUUCUUGAGGCUAUCAACAGCUUGAAGAAUGUUGAGUCAACUGCCUUGCUGCAGUUUCUCCAACCUAUUCUUAAUAUGCUCCUACAUCUCAUUGGUGAUGGUGGUGAAACCCUUCAGGUUGCAGCAUUUCGAGCUAUGGUCAAUAUUCUAACCAGGGUGCAACAAGAGUCCUCUGAUGGGGCUGAAAGAAAUCGCUUUCUUGUUAACUAUGUUGAUUAUGCUUUUGAUGACUUUGGUGGUCGGCAAGCACCGGUUUAUCCUGGUUUAUCUACAGUUUGGGGUAGCUUGGCUCGGAGUAAGGCAAAAGGCUACCGUGUGGGGCCAGUUUAUGAUGAUGUGUUGGCAAUGGCAUGGUUCUUUCUGGAGCUUAUUGUUAAAUCAAUGGCAUUAGAACAAAGCUGUCUUUUCGACCACAAUCUUCCUAUAGGUGAAGAUAUUCCACCACUGCAGUUAAAGGAAGGUGUAUUCCGAUGUAUCAUGCAGCUUUAUGAUUGCCUUCUGACGGAGGUUCAUGAGCGCUGCAAGAAGGGUAUGAGCUUAGCCAAACGCUUGAAUAGUAGCCUGGCCUUCUUUUGUUACGAUCUAUUAUCGAUAAUUGAACCACGCCAAGUUUUUGAACUGGUUUCCUUAUAUAUGGACAAGUUUGCCGGAGUUUGCCAAUCAGUCCUGCAUGACUGCAAGCUGACCUUUUUGCAGAUAAUAUGCGAUCAUGAUCUUUUCGUGGAAAUGCCUGGGAGAGAUCCUUCAGAUAGGAAUUAUCUUUCUUCAGUUCUAAUUCAGGAGAUUUUUCUCACCUUGGAUCAUGAUGAUGUAUCACAACGAGCAAAAGCAGCUCGCAUCCUGGUGGUCCUUAUGUGCAAGCAUGAAUUUGACUCUCGUUACCAAAAACCUGAUGAUAAAUUAUACAUUGCUCAGUUAUAUUUUCCUCUCAUUGGACAGAUAUUAGAUGAGAUGCCAGUAUUCUAUAAUUUAAAUGCUGUUGAAAAGCGUGAAGUGUUAAUUGUUAUUUUGCAAAUUAUAAGGAAUUUGGAUGAUGCAUCCCUUGUCAAGGCAUGGCAACAAAGUAUUGCUCGAACCGGAUUAUUCUUCAAACUCCUCGAAGAGUGUCUCAUACAUUUUGAGCACAAGAGACCAGCAGACAGCAUGCUGAUGAGCUGUAGUUCUCGGAGCCCUGAUGGUGAAGGACCUACUUCUCCCAAGUAUUCUGAUAGGCUUUCUCCAACAAUCAACACAUAUCUGUCUGAGGCUUCCCGCCAAGAAGUUAGACCUCAGGGAACACCCGAAAAUGGAUAUUUGUGGCACAGAGUCAGUCCUCAGCUAAGCUCACCUAAUCAACCAUAUUCUCUAAGGGAAGCACUUGCGCAAGCACAAUCUUCUAGAAUUGGAUCUACAAGCAGGGCAUUAAGAGAGUCUCUACACCCAAUAUUAAGGCAAAAGUUGGAACUUUGGGAAGAGAAUUUAAGCACUGCUGUCAGCCUUCAAGUUUUGGAGAUGACUGAAAAGUUUUCAGUUGCUGCUGCAUCUCAUAGUAUUGCUACUGAUUAUGGAAAGCUUGAUUGCAUCACAUCCGUAUUGAUGGGUCUCUUUUCUCGAAGUCAACCAUUGGCCUUCUGGAAAGCUUUCUUUCCUGUGUUCAACAAUAUAUUCAAUCUUCAUGGUGCGACUCUGAUGGCCAGAGAGAAUGAUCGCUUCUUGAAGCAAGUUGCAUUUCAUCUUCUACGACUUGCGGUUUUUCGAAAUGAUUCCAUCAGGCGAAGGGCUGUUAUUGGAUUACAGAUACUUGUUAGGAAUUCAUUCUAUUAUUUUACACACACAACACGGCUGAGGGUCAUGCUGAUGAUUACCUUAUCAGAGUUGAUGUCUGAUGUGCAAGUAACUCAGAUGAAGUCCGAUGGAUCUCUUGAAGAGAGUGGUGAAGCUCGGCGUCUUAGGAAAUCCUUGGAGGAAAUGGCAGAUGAAGGUAGGAGCAUAGAACUGCUAAAAGAUUGCGGACUUUCUGGCAAUGCACUAGAGGCAAUUCCUGAAGGUUCAACAGAUAACCGUUGGUCUUGGUUAGAGGUCAAACAUCUAUCUGAUAGUCUUGUCCAGGCUCUUGAUGCAGGCCUGGAGCAUGCUCUUUUGGCUUCUGUAAUGACUGUAGAUAGAUAUGCCGCUGCGGAGAGCUUUUAUAAACUUGCGAUGGCUUAUGCACCUGUUCCAGAUCUUCACAUCAUGUGGUUGCUGCAUUUAUGCGAUGCACAUCAGGAGAUGCAGUCAUGGGCUGAAGCUGCACAAUGUGCAGUUGCGGUAGCUGGUGUAAUCAUGCAGGCCCUUGUGGGAAGGAAUGAUGCUGUUUGGAGCAGAGAACAUGUUGCUUCUUUGCGUAAGAUUUGCCCCAUGGUUAGCAGUGCAGUGACUGCGGAGGCAUCCGCAGCUGAGGUUGAAGGGUAUGGAGCAUCAAAAUUGACAGUGGAUUCUGCUGUCAAGUACCUUCAACUUGCAAAUAAGCUCUUUGCACAGGCAGAGCUGUAUCAUUUUUGUGCCAGUAUUUUGGAACUCAUAAUUCCAGUUUAUAAAAGCAGGAGGGCAUAUGGGCAACUUGCUAAAUGCCACACAUCCCUCACAAAUAUCUAUGAAUCAAUUCUUGAACAGGAGUCAAGCCCAAUACCGUUUAUAGAUGCUACUUACUACCGGGUUGGAUUUUAUGGCGACCGGUUUGGGAAGCUGGACCGCAAGGAGUAUGUGUACAGGGAGCCACGAGAUGUGCGUCUAGGUGACAUAAUGGAAAAGCUGAGUCACAUAUACGAAUCCAGGAUGGAUGGCAAUCACACCCUGCAUAUUAUACCAGAUUCUAGGCAAGUCAAUGCAGAGGAGUUACAGCCUGGCGUCUGUUAUUUACAGAUAACAGCUGUUGAUCCUGUUAUGGAGGAUGAGGACCUGGGCAGUAGAAGGGAGAGAAUUUUCUCUCUGUCUACUGGGACUAUACGUGCUCGUGUCUUUGACCGGUUUCUAUUUGACACCCCAUUCACGAAAAAUGGCAAGACACAGGGAGGGCUAGAAGAUCAGUGGAAGAGGCGCACUGUACUACAAACCGAGGGUUCUUUUCCUGCUCUGAUAAAUCGACUUUUGGUUUUCAAGUCUGAAUCUCUAGAGUUUUCUCCAGUGGAAAAUGCUAUAGGAAUGAUUGAAACCAGGACAGCCGCACUGAGAACUGAGCUCGAAGAACCUAGAAGCUCAGAAGGUGACCAACUCCCUAGGCUUCAAAGUCUACAAAGGAUACUCCAAGGCAGUGUUGCAGUGCAGGUGAACAGUGGGGUACUUAGUGUGUGCACAGCAUUUUUGUCGGGCGAACCUGCGAACAGGCUUCGGUCACAAGAGCUGCAGCAGCUUAUUGCUGCACUACUCGAAUUCAUGGCUGUUUGCAAGCGUGCAAUCCGGGUACAUUUUAGGUUGAUUGGUGAAGAAGAUCAGGACUUCCACACGCAACUUGUUAAUGGGUUUCAGUCCCUUACAGCCGAGCUUUCUCACUACAUUCCUGCCAUACUUUCAGAGCUCUGAUUGCCAUUUGGUGUGAUUGUGAACUGUUCAUAUGCUUGAGUCAUUUUUCGACUCAUGAUUUCUGAAGCAAUGUUAAUAUUUUUUUGUCAGGUUUUUUGUCGUAUAUGUAAUCAUCUUGACCUACAGGACUCAGCACCCUCUAUAAUGGUUCUUCGUUUUUUACCAUGUUUUUUCAGUUUUGAUUCUUGCUUUAGGUUGUCUUGUAGGAAGGUGUAUAUUCUAUUUUGUAAGAAAAUGUUCUAUGUAGCUAUCAUAAAAUUCUUGUCGGCAAGGCAAAUUUGUUAUUUA